AUGUUGCGCUACUCAAGAUCGUGUUGCCGAUUUCGUGGACUCAAAAAGCUUGGCGGCCAGCUGAGGCCACUUUCACAGACCGCUCUUUUAGGAAAACCAUCUGUGAACACUAGCAGCAUAAGAAGCGAGUCCGCAAAUGGGGACAUAGGCUUUCUGAAAUCGUCUGCAGUAUCUAUAACACCUACAUUUGGACCAUUUGAUAAUGCCCACGCCGCGGUUCAAGCUGGGCAAUCGAGAGACAUCAUGAACCUUUGGUCAUUACUUGAGGCCUGUCUGCAUUCCGGCUACAUGGACCGGGCAUUUUCCAUUCUCAAGUCGCUUUAUGGACUCAGGUCACAUCGAGCCUCGUUUAUUGACGACUACAACAAGUAUCUAAUGAAAUUCGCGGAGAAUUUGACCGACAUGAAGAUUAUCGACCGAAAGCUAUUUCAAGACUUGCAGAAUGUAUUUCCGGAAGCCGAAUAUAACGACAAGACCUUAGCAAUUUUGAUCCAUUAUGCGCUCAAACUUUCGCCGUCAAGAGAUGCAUCUAUGGAGCAUUGCCGAACCUAUUUGAAGAUGGCCCUGGGCGGUUACAGGGGAAUACUGAGCAACAUCGAUGUGCUAUCUGUGCAAAACUAUAGAUCGUUAGUGCAUGAUUUCAAACUCAUAGAAGUGCAUGAUUUACCAGCUGAGAUUCACAGUCUUAUGGAGGUCAACGGUGUGUCGCAUGAAAACGCCGAGUCAACAGAGCCCGCGGUGAAUGGGGGUAAUAUAUCAGUAAAGGCGAAGAAUGAGGAACAAGGAAUGACACUAGAUAAGGAAAUUAAGCCCUUAGUUAAAGACGCCUCGGAGCUCCUGGCAGUAGAUACCAUCGGUAUGAAAGUUGUACGACAUACCUUGUUGGGACUUUCUUUGACAGAUCAGCAGAGAGAACAAAUAAACUCGUUCAAUUUUGACACCGCUUCCAAUCUGCUAAACUUUGAAAAAGACAAGGAGAACAUUGAUUUCUUUGAAAUCUUUAGUCAAUUAAAAACCGAUGAAGAGAAAGAAGCUUUUACGAAAGCUUUAGAUGAAUUCAACCAAGAUCGGCAACAUCAGCUGGAAAACAGGGCUACGGACGCUGCAAAAGAGCGUUGGAGACAUGAUUUUGAAGAGGCUAAAGCAAGAGGAGAUUUGUCGAUUCAAAAGAAGCUAAACAUCAAGCUAUGGGAGUGGUUCAAUAAGAUGCUACCUCUCGUCAAAGAAGAAGUCAAACGCUGUGCUGAGCUCGCGAAUAAAAGUUCCCAAGACCCUUCCCUAUCGCCUCAGGAAAAGAAACAAAACAAGGCAAGACAGGACUACGGACCAUACCUAACAUUAGUUGAUCCCGAAAAAAUGUGCGUUAUUACAAUUCUGGAAUUACUAAAAUUGAACUCCACCGGUGGUGUGAUCGAAGGAAUGAGAACUGCUAGGGCCGUGAUUUCUGUCGGCAAAGCCAUUGAAAUGGAAUUUCGGGCAGAGCUUUUACUAAAAAACGAAUCGCAUGUGUUUAAAGACGUUAACAAAAAGUCUCAUGAGUUUAAAGUUCUUGUGCAGCGCGCGAGAAAUACUUUUAGGUCCAUGAAAAUCGAAGAGUCUAAGAUUCUUUGGCCACAGGAAGCUCGUGCUAAGAUUGGCUCGAUAUUAAUCUCCAUGCUCAUCCACGUCGCAAGAGUUAGAGUUGAAGGUGUUGAUCCUCUUACCAAGGAAAAGAUUCAAGGCGAAGCCCCGGCAUUUUCUCAUGGCUAUCAGUACCAUAAUGGCUCAAAGCUGGGCGUUCUUAAAAUCCAUAGAUCCCUCGUACACCAACUAAAUGGCGAGCGUUUAGUUGCAGCGGUGCAGCCUCAACUUCUUCCCAUGCUUGUCAAACCUAGACCUUGGAAGAGUUGGAACUCUGGAGGUUAUUAUUACACACAAUCAACGCUGAUAAGGUCAAAGGACUCCCCUGAGCAGGUGGCAUACCUCAAAGCGGUCUCCGAGGCUGGUGCUAUUGAUAACGUUUACGGUGGCUUGAAUGUUCUGGGAGAAACUCCUUGGACGGUGAAUAGGAAAAUGUUCAACAUUAUGUCUCAUGUUUGGAAUUCAGGAGAGCCUUUCUUGGAUAUUCCAGGCAAUCAAAAUAAGCUUGUUUUAACACCGCAACCACCCAGAGAUGCGGACCCAACUGUUCACAGACAAUGGAGGUUGAAAAAUAAGGCUCUUGCGAAUGAAUUUUCCAGUAACAGAUCGGCCCGCUGUGACGCUAAUUAUAAACUUGAGAUAGCGAGAGCUUUUCUUGGCGAAAAAUUCUAUUUUCCACAUAACUUAGACUUCAGAGGGCGUGCUUAUCCCCUAUCGCCUCAUUUCAAUCAUUUGGGCAAUGAUAUGAGUAGGGGGUUGAUGAUUUUCUGGAAUGGGAAACGGCUUGGCCCGACCGGUCUAAAAUGGUUGAAAGUUCAUCUUUCAAACCUUUUCGGUUUCGAUAAGGCAUCUCUUGAAGAGCGUAUAGCUUUUACCGAAAGCCAUGUGAAUGAUGUCAUGGAUUCAGCGGAGUCUCCCUUAAAUGGCAAGGGCUGGUGGAAAGAGGCUGAGAAACCAUGGCAAGCUUUGGCUACAUGUAUCGAGUUACGUGAAGCUCUGAAAAUGGAAAAUCCAGAGGAUUUCAUUUCUCAUGUCCCAGUUCAUCAGGAUGGCACUUGUAAUGGUCUGCAACAUUAUGCCGCUCUUGGUGGUGAUGUUGAAGGUGCCACGCAAGUUAACCUCAUGCCCAGUGACAGGCCUCAAGAUGUAUACUCGCAUGUCGCCAAGCUUGUGGUCGCAAGAUUGGAAAAGGUCGCGGCUAAAGGCGAUGAAACAGCUGCUAUUCUAAAGGACAAGAUCAAAAGAAAGGUUGUAAAGCAAACUGUCAUGACCAACGUCUAUGGUGUAACCUAUAUUGGCGCUACUCAUCAAAUUGAAAAGCAGCUAUCCAAUGUCUUUGAUGACCACAAACUUUCAUACGAGCUAUCAAAGUAUUUGACGAAACACGUAUUUGCAUCCGUCAGAGAACUGUUUGAAGGUGCUCAUUUGAUACAAGACUGGCUAGGAGAGUGUGCAAAAAGAAUCUCUAAGUCUAUUAGACUCGAUAUCGACGAAAAAUCCUUCAAAAACGGUAACAAGCCUGACUUUAUGUCGUCAGUCAUUUGGACCACUCCCCUUGGUCUUCCAAUUGUCCAGCCUUAUCGUGAGAACGGCAAGAAACAGGUCGCGACCAAUCUUCAAACAGUUUUUAUUAGUGAUCCCUUUGCCGUCAACCCAAUCAACGCCAGGAGACAAAAAGCCGGCUUCCCACCUAACUUCAUUCACUCUCUAGAUGCAUCCCACAUGUUGUUGUCAGCGUUGAAAUGUGGAGAACACGGAUUAGACUUUGCGGCGGUUCACGACUCUUAUUGGACUCAUGCUAGUGACAUCGAUACAAUGAACGUCCUUCUGAGAGAGCAAUUCAUCAAAUUACAUGAAGUGGACUUAAUCGAGCAAUUGAAAAACGAAUUCGACGAACGUUACAAGAACUAUUUACAAAUUUUGAAGAUCGACAAAAAGGCUAACGUAGCUGUCAAAGUAGUGGAGCUAAGAAAGGAGCUGUCUCAGAAGCUCGGUCGGCAGUUUACUCUUGCUGACGAAAUAUACUUGGAAAAGAAACGCAGACAGUUGAUGGAGUCUGAAGAUCCCGCUGAAAGGGCACAAGGAGAAGCUAUGACAACAACCGUAUCAAUAAUCGGUGAAGUUGAUGAUAUUGCGCCCUUGGAGAAAUCAAGCGAUUCGAGUUGCAUAAUGGUUCUGGCACCGUUAACAUUACCUCCAAUACCACCAAAGGGAGAUUUUGAUGUCAAAGAAUUGGAGAAUAGCAAAUACUUUUUCUCUUGA